GAAACCUCUUCCUUAUUAAGCACCAAACUAUUGUCCCUUUUGAAUCUGCUGUGUAACACCACGCAGACGAGCUCAGUGCAGAUGCGGGAUGCCUGCUACGGCUGCUUUUUUCGCGCCGGCAGCAUCCCCGAUGGACCUAGUCAGCUAUUCUCGCUAAACGACUGCGCCCGGCUCUACAUACAACAGUCGAACUAUUCGGCUUGUGCCACCAAUUUGCAGGCCAUUGUGGAUGGCAACAGGCCCGUACCCGAUGCUGGACCCGCAUCUGCUGGCUUCUGCUACGGCGGCUAUUGCGAAUUUGUGCGCUGCGUGCGGCGGAUUAACACCCAACAACUGAUAUUGUCCUGCUACAAUGAAACUCGAGGAACGCUCGAUCUCACAACGGGCAUGGACCAAAUAUACUUCUUCACCAACAUUACGUCGUGUAUUUUGGCCAAAACGCGCUGCUCGCAAUACAAUCCUAUUACGGGGGAGUUACAGAAUUCGCUGAUACGGCCACCGCCGGCGGGCGGGCCUGUCAAUGUCGGACCAGUGCCGGUUGUGGGGACAGUUCCGCCGGUGGUUUUGAAUGCCCUGCAGAUAACUGAAUCGGGCGAUAUGCGCAUCUUAGCUUUUCCCACAGCCAUCACGAGUGUCAGCGAUCCAUUCUGUGCCGCACCGCCGCCGCUGCUGCAGGCGGGAUUCAGCACUUACUUCUGUUAA